CCUCCCUACUCCUGCCACCAGAGGCCUCACAGGCCCUGCACAUACCCUUUGGCAAAGGCAGGUCCAAGGGGGCUUCCUUCCUGUUGCCCCUUGCUGUUCCCUGCUAGCCCUGGAGAGUCUUCCUUUGCUUCUAAGGGGGGCAGGGGGGCUGCUGGGAAUUUUAGGGGUGCCAGCACCACCCCAGCCUCCAGACAAAGCUGGAGUAUGAGAGGCCUCGGUCUCAGGAAGCCUCUUUCACAACACCCAGCAGGCCAUCGUCAGACAGUUAGUGGAGGCCCUGUGAGGCUGGAAGGGGAAGUUCGCUGUGCGUGGGGGUGUGUUUCCACAUAGGGGACGUCUGUGGAAAUGGUUUCCGAUCAUCGGACUGUGGGUAUCUGUGUGUGUGUCAGUUCCUGUGGUACUGGUGUGACUGAUGUGGGGAGGCCAUGUGGCAAAGGCCUGGGCCUGGUCACCCCCUGCCCCACGGCUACCUGCUCUUCCUCCUCAGGCCUCUGUGACGUCUGUGCGGGGGCCUCUGCCCCCUCGCCUGUCCCGGGGCCCUGGGCUGGCAGGCUGCUUUGGGCAGGGCUGGGUGUGGUGGGGCCUGCCCGGCAGGCUGCCGUUGGGGUGGGCCCAGCCGUGGGAGGGUCACUACAGGAGGAGGAGUGCCCGUGCUCUGAGCAGGGACAGUCAGAGAUGGUGGCCUUGUUGACUUCUGCCCCCCAUCUCUCCAGAGGAUGUUUGUGGGGGUGGGGCGCCACUCGGUCACCACCCCGUUGCCUUGGGACAUCAGAAUAUGUUCCAGUCCCCCUGCCUUAGGAUCAGGGGAGACGAGGGAUGGGGUGUCUCUCUGGGCCCCCACCCCUGGGAGUCACGGUCUUGGGGUCCGCAGUGUCCCCUCCACAGCAGGGCAGCUUAACCCAUCUUCUGUCCCUCCUCCCCGCAGAGGGGGAAGUGAGAGGGAAGGGGUCAGGGACCCUGCCUUCUGGGCCAGGAAAGCUGAAAAAGCAGAAGUGAGGGGAGUAGCUGGGCCCUCUGCCACCGGCCUGGGCCCCACCAUGCAGACCCCGGCAGAUUUCCCCUGGGGUGAGAGAGACUCACUCCCCUAUCCCAGAAAGGAUGAGGGCGUCCUCAAGGAGAUCUCCAUCACGCACCACGUCAAGGCAGGCUCCGAGAAGGCCGACCCGUCCCAUUUUGAGCUCCUCAAGGUUCUGGGCCAGGGAUCCUUUGGCAAAGUCUUCCUGGUGCGGAAGAUCACCCGGCCUGACAGUGGACACCUGUACGCCAUGAAGGUACUAAAGAAGGCGACGCUGAAAGUGCGUGACCGUGUUCGGACUAAGAUGGAGCGAGACAUCCUUGCUGACGUAAACCACCCGUUUGUGGUGAAGCUGCACUACGCCUUCCAGACCGAGGGCAAGCUCUACCUUAUUCUGGACUUCCUGCGUGGCGGGGACCUCUUCACACGGCUCUCCAAAGAGGUUAUGUUCACGGAGGAGGAUGUGAAGUUUUACCUGGCCGAGCUGGCUUUGGGCCUGGACCACCUGCACAGCCUAGGCAUCAUUUACAGAGACCUGAAGCCUGAGAACAUCCUUCUGGAUGAGGAGGGCCACAUCAAGCUCACUGACUUCGGCUUGAGCAAGGAGGCCAUUGACCACGAGAAGAAGGCCUACUCCUUCUGCGGAACAGUGGAGUACAUGGCCCCCGAGGUCGUCAACCGCCAGGGCCACACCCACAGUGCAGACUGGUGGUCCUAUGGGGUGCUGAUGUUUGAGAUGCUGACGGGCUCCCUGCCCUUCCAGGGGAAGGAUCGGAAAGAGACCAUGACACUGAUUCUGAAGGCGAAGCUAGGCAUGCCCCAGUUUCUGAGCACGGAAGCCCAGAGCCUCCUGCGGGCCCUGUUCAAGCGGAAUCCUGCCAACCGGCUCGGCUCGGGCCCUGACGGGGCCGAGGAGAUCAAGCGGCAUGUCUUCUACUCCACCAUUGACUGGAACAAGCUGUACCGGCGUGAGAUCAAGCCACCCUUCAAGCCGGCCGUGGCACAACCCGAUGAUACCUUCUACUUUGACACCGAGUUCACGUCCCGCACGCCCAAGGACUCCCCAGGCAUCCCCCCCAGCGCUGGUGCUCAUCAGCUGUUCCGUGGCUUCAGCUUCGUGGCCACUGGCCUAAUGGAGGAUGACGGCAAGCCCCGGGCCACGCAGGCGCCCCUGCACUCGGUGGUACAGCAACUACACGGGAAGAACCUGGUUUUUAGUGAUGGCUACGUGGUAAAAGAGACCAUUGGUGUAGGCUCCUACUCCGAGUGCAAGCGCUGCGUCCACAAGGCCACCAACAUGGAGUAUGCUGUCAAGGUCAUUGACAAGAGCAAGCGAGAUCCCUCGGAAGAGAUUGAGAUUCUUCUGCGGUACGGACAGCACCCCAACAUCAUCACCUUGAAAGAUGUGUACGAUGAUGGCAAACACGUGUACCUGGUGACAGAGCUUAUGCGGGGAGGAGAGCUGUUGGACAAGAUCCUGCGGCAGAAAUUCUUCUCGGAGCGUGAGGCCAGCUUCGUCCUGCACACCAUCAGCAAGACCGUGGAAUAUCUGCACUCCCAGGGAGUUGUGCACAGGGACCUCAAGCCCAGCAACAUCCUGUAUGUUGACGAGUCUGGAAACCCUGAGUGCCUGCGUAUCUGUGACUUUGGCUUUGCCAAGCAGCUGCGGGCUGAGAAUGGGCUUCUCAUGACACCUUGCUAUACUGCCAACUUCGUGGCACCUGAGGUACUGAAGCGCCAGGGCUAUGACGAGGGCUGCGACAUCUGGAGCCUGGGCAUCCUGCUCUACACCAUGCUGGCGGGAUAUACUCCAUUUGCCAACGGACCCAGUGACACACCGGAGGAAAUCCUGACCCGGAUCGGCAGUGGGAAGUUCACCCUCAGCGGGGGAAAUUGGAACACGGUUUCGGAUGCAGCCAAGGACCUAGUGUCCAAGAUGCUGCACGUGGACCCCCACCAACGCCUCACAGCUAAGCAGGUCCUGCAGCACCCAUGGAUCACGCAGAAAGACAAGCUUCCCCAGAGCCAGCUGUCCCACCAGGACUUGCAGCUUGUAAAGGGCGCCAUGGCAGCUACAUACUCUGCGCUCAACAGCUCCAAGCCCACCCCUCAGCUGAAGCCCAUUGAGUCAUCUAUCCUGGCCCAGCGGCGGGUGAGGAAGCUGCCAUCCACCACCCUGUGAGGGGCCAGAGCAUCAGGCGCCGGGCGGUGCUAGCUCGAUGGAGGCAGCAUACUUCCCAGAGGGAGCAGGCCUGAGUCACAGGGCCAAAGGGAGCGGAGCCCGAGGGGCCCAGGAAGCAGCCAGCCCCGAUCACCCCAGUGAGGGUGUGAGAAGUGCCUUCUCCUUCCCCAGGAUGGACUCUUCUCAGCUCAGGCUCUGCUGCUGGUUGAAAUCAAUCCACUGUACAGACUCAUCUUUUUUUAAGGAAAAAUGGCAUCAACCACCAUGGAUUUUUACAGAAUCCACUUGACUUUUCUGGGAGCAGAAGUAGCCAGUGCGGCCCCAGGAGGGGAACUGAGUCACACUAUGGCUCUCUGUGGCUGAGACUCCUUACAGCAGCUUUGGGGUCACCCCAAGGGGUUCCCCACGAUUGGCUGUCUGUAGCCAGCUGUGCCCACCUCCGAGGCAGCCAGCAUCACCUUCCAGAGCCGCUGGCUGUUUCGCAGAACUUGCUCUGUCCCCAACAGCUCCUUUUCUGUUCUGUUCUGUUCCGGGGUCUGGAACCACUUUCUGCUAGAGGAGAGGACCAAGGCCCCGUGGCUCCCAGCUCCAGGCACCAGCAUCCACCCGGGCCCCUCCAGUGGGUCCCCUGCAAUCAGGUUGGGCAGCCCCUGGAGGAGCAUCCGGAAAGCACUUUUUGGCUGACUUCUGCUGGAGUCUGCCACAGGACAGAGUUCACAGGAGGCCUGUGGGGCGGGCCCAGAGAGGCAGGGGCUUUUUUCAUUUCUUCCUCAGCUGGUAACUCAGGGCUUAUCUGUCCAUGGCCUUUCUAAUAAAAUUACAGUUGAGUUGAA